AUGAGUGGUAUGUAAAAGUUGAUAAUGUAUUAAAACAAUGAAAUAUUUUGCCUUUUUUACAGGCAUAUUUAGAAUCUAUGUAAGAAGGAAUUAAAAAUAGAUUAUGGCUGAAUUAAAGUCGAAAAAGGUUUUCAAAAAGUAAACUAAGAGAAAUACACAAUUUUGAACUUAGGGACAUUUUAAGGUAUACAAAUUACAGGAAGUUAUAAACAGUAUAAGACUAGAGUAACAUAAUCAGUAUUUUAAGCAUGCAUUACAUUAAGAAGCGCGAUUUCUAAAGAGUCUUAAUAACAAGUGAUAGAGUUUUUAGAUUUUGAAUUUUAUAAACUAUCA